AAGAACAACAGGAGCACUUGGUACGAGAGACCUCAACAAGGUCAACCCGGCAUCACCCUGGCUAACGACCUGUCUGGAGGUACCGGGGGUCCCGGUGCAGGCGGCGUCGGUUCCGUCGGGGGCACCUCCGUCGGCGGCGGCGGCGGUGGCGGUUCAUCGCUCCCGACGACCGCCCUCAGCCUCGAUCAUCAGCAGUUCAACAUCUUCCCUGCGAUCUUUAGCAGGCAGUUGAACUUUUCCGCGGCGGCAGCUGCGAACUGCGGUCAAAACAAGCUGAUGGACGAACUGAGGCCGAAUCUCGGUUUGCUCGGCGUUGGACUCGUCGAGAACGAGAGCUUCCACUUGAAUCACAAUCAAGAGAAGAGAAAGUGUAGCAGCACGAGCUCGAACGAGCAAGAUUUCAGCCUUUACGGGGUUCACCAGGGUCUCGAAGCAAGCCCGCCGACACCAGCCGCGACGCCUGGAAGGAGCAGCGUCGGGGCUACUUCUUCCGUUGGCGCGGAAGGAGCUUUUAAAAAGUUAAAACCCGACCCUUGUGCUUCGAGUCCUCACAUCGGCCAUACACCUACCACCGCCAGUUGUCCAACACCCGCUCGACGACGGCACAGGACCACUUUUACGCAGGAGCAGCUGGCAGAAUUGGAAUCGGCAUUCGCAAAAUCUCAUUAUCCAGACAUAUACUGCAGAGAGGAAUUGGCGAGGUCCACGAAAUUGAACGAGGCUAGAAUUCAGGUCUGGUUUCAAAAUAGAAGAGCGAAGUAUCGGAAGCAAGAGAAGCAACUUCAGAAGGCCCUGACUCCGAUUCCUGCUUGCCAAGGUGCCAUGAUGAGGAAUAUUUAUCCAGGUGCCAGCAGAGGUUAUCAACCGUAUCCUCAUCCUCACAAUAGCAUAAAUGGAAUAAACCGCUACCCUCAGAUGAGUACGACGUCCUAUCCAAGUAUGACACAACCGUUUUCUAUGUCACAUUCAGCGUCGAAUAUGUCUGCAGUUACUGGUAUGAGACAAGAUGCGAUGGGCAUGUCAGCCGAGGACGAGUGGUACAACAAGAGUAUUUCCGCUCUAAGAAUGAAUACGGCUCAUCAUCCCAACCUCGCUGCGCCAAUGUUGCAAUAUCAAACAUAA